AUGUCUGAUUUAGUUGCAAAUCCGGCGAUUCAAGGUGCUGAAUUGUUGGUACCGAAGGCAUUUUUUCUAAGACCUUAUGUUUGGCCCUUUUCCAUUGUAUAUCCGAUCUUCUUACAAGUUUAUUUCCAACAAUAUGAUAAGUACAUUGGUGGUAAAGAAUGGACUUUUGUAUAUACCAUUGCUAUUGUUUCUGUGAAUUUAUUGUUUUGGUUGAUGCCACAUUGGAACAUUGAUAUUAAUGCCAAGUUCAAUUAUACUAAAGUUGACAAGAUUUCUGAUGCUUCAUAUAUAAAGAUUACUCCAGCACCAAAUUCCGGUAUGGGUGAAAUUUGUGAAAUUAAUCGUGAAACUUUCCAUGAUGGUGAAAAACAAAUUAGUUUCUUAUAUCAAAAGAGAAGAUAUUUAUUCCAUUCUAAAAUUGGUAAAUUCUCUCCACCAGAAUUUGUUUUCGAUGAAUCACCAAAAUUAACCGUGUAUCAAAAUACUAAAGGUUUAUCAGGAGAUUUAGAAAAAAUGAUUAGAAAUUAUGGAUCUAAUAAAUUUGAUAUCCCAAUUCCUACAUUUAUGGAAUUAUUCAAAGAACAUGCAGUAGCACCAUUUUUCGUUUUUCAAAUCUUUUGUGUUGCCCUUUGGUGUAUGGAUGAACAAUGGUAUUAUUCCUUGUUUUCCUUGUUUAUGUUAGUUUCCUUUGAAAUGACUACUGUUUUCCAAAGAAGAACCACUAUGGCAGAGUUCCAAAGUAUGGGUAUUAAACCAUACGAUGUGUAUGCUCAUAGAGAUGGUAAAUGGAUCAAAAUUCCAACUACAGAAUUAUUACCUGGUGAUUUGAUUUCAAUUACAAGAACUAGUGAAGGAAGUGCCUUACCAUGUGAUUUAUUGUUAGUUGAUGGAUCAGCAAUUGUCAAUGAAGCCAUGUUGUCGGGUGAAUCUACCCCAUUAUUGAAAGAAUCUAUUAAAUUAAGACCAGCAGAUGAACAAUUACAACCAGAAGGAUUUGAUAAAAACUCCAUUUUACAUGGUGGUACUAUGGCUUUACAAGUUACCAAACCUGAAUCACCAAUUGUCCCUGUUGCUCCAGAUAAUGGUGCCUUUGCUGUUGUUACCAAGACUGGGUUUGAAACAUCUCAAGGUUCAUUAGUUCGUAUGAUGAUUUUCUCUAGUGAACGUGUUUCUGUUGGUAAUAAAGAAGCAUUCUUUUUUAUUUUGUUUUUGUUAAUAUUUGCCAUUGCUGCUUCUUGGUAUGUUUGGGUUGAAGGUACCAGAAUGGGUAGAAUCCAAUCCAAAUUAAUUUUGGAUUGUAUUAUUGUUAUCACAUCUGUUGUUCCUCCUGAAUUGCCCAUGGAAUUGACCAUGGCAGUGAACUCAUCAUUGUCCAAAUUACAAAAAUUCUACAUCUAUUGUACUGAACCAUUCAGAAUUCCUUUAGCUGGUAGAAUUGAUGUUUGUUGUUUCGAUAAAACUGGUACUUUAACUGCUGAAGAUUUGGUAUUUGAAGGAUUGGCUGGUUUUAAAAAUGAUGAUAUUCAUCAUUUAUACAUUUGUGACGAUGCACCAGAAACUACAUCUUAUGUUUUGGGUUCAGCCCAUGCAUUGGUUAGAUUGGAUGAUGGUGAAGUUGUUGGUGAUCCAAUGGAACAAGCAACAUUAAAAGCAGCUCAUUGGAAUGUUGGUGCUCAUGACACCGUAGAAAGGGAAAGCAAAAAAAGUAAAGGCAAACAGGAAAAAAUUAAGAUUUUACGUCGUUUCCAAUUUUCAUCUGCCCUUAAGAGAUCUUCUACUAUUUCCCAUAUUAAUACAAUUUCUGGUAAGAAUUUUGUUGCUGCUAAAGGUGCUCCUGAAACUAUUCGUAAUAUGAUUAUUGAUGCUCCGGAAAAUUAUGAAGAGAUUUAUAAAUCAUUCACUAGAUCUGGAUCCCGUGUUUUGGCACUUGCUUAUAAGUAUUUAGAUUCCAAUGUUAACGUCAACAAAGUUAAACGUGAAGAUAUUGAAUCUAAAUUACAUUUUGCUGGGUUUAUUGUUUUCCAUUGUCCAUUGAAAGAUGAUGCCAUUGAAACGAUUAAAAUGUUGAAUGAAUCAUCACAUCGUUCUAUUAUGAUCACUGGUGAUAAUCCAUUAACUGCUUGUCAUGUUGCCAAAGAGGUUAAUAUUACCACUAAAGAAGUUUUGAUUUUGGAUGCUCCUGAAGACCAUCAUGAAAUUGGUGAAUAUGACAAUUUGGUAUGGAGAAAUGUUACUGAAUCAGUUGUUAUCCCAUUUAAAUCAUCAGAUAAAAUCAAUCUUGAAUUGUUUAGCAAGUAUGAUAUUUGUAUUACCGGGUACGCCUUAAAUUAUUUGAGUGAUCAUGAACAAAUUUUGGAAUUGUUAAAACACACUUGGGUAUAUGCUAGAGUUUCACCAACACAAAAAGAAUUUAUUAUUACUUCAUUGAAAGAUGCCGGUUAUAAUACAUUAAUGUGUGGUGAUGGUACUAAUGAUGUUGGUGCUUUGAAACAAGCCAAUAUUGGGGUUGCUCUUUUGAAUGGUACUGAAGAAGGUAUGAAUAAAAUUGCAGAGAAUAGAAAGAUUGAAGCUACAUUGAAAGUUUAUGAAAAACAAUCUCAAAUUUUCAACAAUUGGGGUAAACCGGCACCACCUGUGCCAGCAAUUAUUGCUCAUUUAUAUCCACCAGGGCCUUUGAAUCCUAAAUAUUUGGAAGCCAUGGAAAAGAAAGGUGUAACUAUUACUGAUGAUAUGAGAAAAGCUGUUGUUGAAGCCAUGAAGGAGCCAGUUAAAGUUCCAGAAAAGAAUGCCAAUGGUGGGUUUAAUACUAAUAGUAAUUUUGCUGAUACAAUUCUUGGUGCCAUGAAUGAUGCAGAAGCUGAAGAUGAAGCACCAGUUUUGAAAUUGGGUGAUGCUUCUGUGGCAGCUCCAUUUACAUCUAAAUUGGCUAAUGUUAAUACUGUUACUCAUAUCAUUCGUCAAGGUCGUGUUGCCUUAGUAUCAACAAUUCAAAUGUACAAGAUUUUGGCAUUGAAUUGUUUGAUUUCAUCUUAUUCCCUUUCCGUGUUAUAUUUAGCUGGGAUGAAAUUUGGUGAUGGACAAGCAACUAUUUCAGGUAUUUUAUUAUCUGUGUGCUUUUUAUCAAUCUCACGUGGUAGACCAUUAGAGAAAUUAUCUAAGGAAAGACCUCAAGAUGGUAUUUUCAAUAUUUAUAUUAUGGGGUCAAUUUUAGGACAAUUUGCCGUUCAUAUUAUUACUUUGAUUUAUAUUACUAGGGAGAUUUAUAUUCUUGAACCAAGAGAACCAAAAGUUGAUUUAGAAAAAGAGUUUAGUCCAUCUUUGUUAAAUACUGGUAUGUUCUUAUUACAAUUGGCUCAACAAGUUUCCACUUUUGCUGUUAAUUAUAUUGGAUUACCAUUCAGAGAAAGUAUUACCUCCAACAAAGGUAUGUAUUAUGGAUUAUUGGGAGUUGCUGGUUUAACAUUUUCUUGUUCCACUGAAUUUAUUCCUGAAUUGAAUGAAGUCAUGCAAUUUGUUCCAAUGACACUUGAUUUCAAAACUAAAUUAACUGGAUGCAUAAUAUUAGAUUUGGUGGUUACUUUUGCAAUAGAAUACGUUUUGAAAUAUUUCUUUAUGAAUUCUAAAGCAGCUGAUAUUGCAUUAAGAGAAGAUGAUGAAGUUGAUGCAUAG